GACUGUCUAUCAAGAUUGCACACUAUUUCGGUAUCAUGCUUAUGCCAAAGUGGAUAUUCGAUGAACUUCUGUUUGCUGAUGUACAACUAGCUUGGAAUUUAAUUGGUGGUGAAGUGCUUAAAAGAUUCACAGGUGAAUAUAUCACACCCAUACCCUGUUUUCAAACAUCGAGAUGCCCAUGUAGUCCUGGAUACGUAAUUCUGUCACAUGCCCGGUCCUUCACGGGUUGGCUGCACAGAGACCCCCCAAUGCGUGUCUUUACAGAGUGCUUGUGGGAUUUCAAUCCAUCAACGUGUGACGAUCCGAAGUCCGUCCAGAUGAUUCCAGUAAAUACGGCCUGUGACCGCCCGGCAGCUACCUUUCGUUUAAUAGCCACGCGCGUGCAUAAGAAUGAAACGAAAACCAUUAAGAUUAUCUUCCAAGGGAAGAAAAUAACAGAACUCGAUCUACAAAAACACCAGCUCCAGAACCUGAAAGUCGCCACACUCCUGUUCGGCAAGUUUCUUAUUAUCAUUUUUCCACCCAUCUCCACAAAUAUUUUGAGUAAUUACCAAGGUUCAUUAUCGACGUCACAUGAAACCUCAUUUUUUCCCCUUUUAGAUGAUACCGGGUUCGAUUCCUUUGUGCUACACAUGGUUAACAGGGUCUUCUCCGUAGACCGAGGGCGGAUCGAGGUUUGGGUGGAUAAUGAUGUGGACAUUAUCGAUAUCCCGGCCCAAAGUCCGAUUGGUUUUCAGAUGUACCGCCUCGGGCUACAUGAAAAAAACGAUGGAGACCGCUACAUUAGAUCCGUUUCUAACGUGAAGUCGAAAGGUUUCAAAGCAGAGUGGCUUAACAGGGACAGAUAUAAACUACUCAUACGGAAUUUCAUCCCAAACCAAAGGAAAUAUAGUGGAGAGGCAGGCGAUUUCAACUGACCUGUGUUUUUGCUCUGGCAGAAAUCCCAUUCAAAUAUUUUUUUUUUCAAAAAUGACCAUGAAAUGAUAUUUUAUUAAAAGAAACAUGUAAACAUAUGUAUAUUUUAACAACAAUUAUACAUAAUUUUCUAUGAAAAUAGAUUUUACUACUUACAUGAACCAUAGUACACUGGAAAAUUCAACAUCAUAUGGUAUACAAAUGAAUUAGUAAACACAAUAUCAAAACAUGAUUGCUAUCCCCUAUCAGCUUUCUUCACAAAUGUAUGUACAUGGAAUGGAAAAGUUUUAACCUUCAAUACAUGGAGAAAAAAAAAAAAAAAAAAAGAGAAGCAGCUGGUGUUCCUUCAUACAAAUUGGAAAAAUCAUACUCUUAAGGAGAAACAUUUUGUCUAAGAUGUAUCAGUUUUGUUUGAUCUAUCAUUAAGAGAGAGAGUUUUAAAAACUAUGUGAAAAAAUAUCACGUCAACUUUAUAUAAAAUGUACAAAUACCUAGAUUGAAUAAAAAAUUCCUCAG